AUGCUCCAUCACGAAAUCGAAGACGCCUCGGAUUCUCUCUCGUUCUCCGCAAUGUCGUUGGAUGAUGAUCAGCACAGCUCGAGCAUGUCGGGUCUUUCUCCAAAUGGCCUUCAGGCUCCACGACCAUUGAGACGCUGUCGCAGCGCUUCUCCAGCUACUCACCGAGUUUUGAAUCUGGUUCCGGAGCAGCAGAGACUCAUCAGGCAAUCAUGGAACCGCAUUCCAAAGUGGCAGUUUGCAAAAUCGGUUCUCACUGCAUUCUUCCGUGCGUGCCAUGCUCCUCAACUGAUUUUCCCAAACCAGGAAACCGAGCAACGUCACAUUAAGUAUAUCGUCGAGCUGGUUCAAUCCUGCGUCGGUAAACUAGACAACUUGGAGGAGGGACUCAAGCCAUUGGUUGAGCUUCUUGGCCGCGGACACUCCAACUUCAGAAUCACUGGACCACACUGGGAGAAGUUCGCCGAGGCUCUGAUGAGCGUCGCUAGCGAGUACAACGGACCGGGACGUCGUCACAGGGACAUCGGAAGAGCCUGGAUGCUUCUCUCUUCAUUCUUGGCCGAUCGCCUGGCUCAUGCUUCUCGCACUUCUCAUCAAUCGCCAAUGCUCACUCCGCGUGUUCAACUUUUGACUGGACGUUCGGCACUCGAAUAA